UAAUAUAUGUAAUACCAAGACCCAUUAGAAGUAAUUUCAUUCAAUUCUAGAUAAUAAGAUAAUCAAGUAAGGAACAAGAGUCAAUGUAUUCCUGGUUGAAGAAAUAAGAGCCAUCUUUUUUGAGUCUUUGUAUCAAUCCUCAAUGAAGGAUUAAGCAUCAUUUAUUUCAAGAAAACUACGAGAGAGAUUUGGAUGCUAUUGGUUUGUCUUCAUGUGGGAUGAAAGAAGAGAAAAUGCCAAUCCUUUUUACACUAAUAAUAUGGACUUGGUCUUUCAAUUUAAAGUAAUCAAUAAUUUGAAUUUAUUAAAAAGUGGUUAGAUUGGCAUGUACUAAUCUAUGGAAUCGAUCCGAGAAUGUAUCGAUGAC